CCUCCCCAUUUGGGUCCAUCGGCGUAUCGCAUCGCACUCGCGUGUAAGUGGAGGCCAGUUAGAGUUUUUCUGUCCGCGAGCGAACGGUUGUUUCGGCAUUUCUCGUAUUCCCAUACUUUGCACAGUUUCCUUUCGAUACGCAGAAGAUUUUGUACACAAAAAGGAAAAAUUAAAUCAGGCGUAGCAUUUUUACAGAGCACAAAAACGGAGCUGCACAGGACAUUGAGAAGGAAAUUGCCCAAUUUCACAAGGAAACACAAAGGAUUUGUACUCAACAAAAGCCGAAGCAAUUUCGUCUGUAGGAUGAGCACUGCGGGCACCGAUGGAGGAGGAGGCGGAGGAGGAGGAGGAGGCGGAGGUGGAUGUGGAGGAGAAGGUGCACCGCCCUCAACGCCAUCACCGUCUGGCCACGGACCGGGUUCGGGAUCAAGUCGUCGCCUCAGCCACUUGUCGGGCAGCAGCGGCAGCACCCGUUCAGGAGGAGCCGCCACCAUGGGCAACGUGGUCGGCUGGCUGAAGCAGGCUUCCAUCGAGGUGCGCGACGCAGGCACUCGCACCCUGUCCAUGCUCCAGAGCAGCAAUCCAAACUUUCGCUCGCUUGACCUGUCGCUGGGAACGCCGACGACCACUGCGCCCACCGCGACAACCGGACCCGCCGCGGCAUCGAGUGCCGCCGCCUCCCUGUGCGGCUCGACCAACUUUGGCAACGAAGAGGACCCCAGCGGCAGCCAGUCCUUGACGCCGCUGCUGACACACUCCACGCGCGCGUACGUCUACGCCUCCGUCAGCCAGCCCCAGAGUCCGCGCCAUCGCGGUUCCUCAUCGCGGGUAGCACCUCCAGGCCUGAACGGCCGCUCCACGUCGAUUUCCUCGCAGCUGGAGAAGACCAAGAAGCUGCUGAAGAUGACCGAGGGCGACGACAAGCCCCUGACUAUUCUGCACUACAACGAUGUCUACAACAUCGAGUCCAUGGCUGAGACGGAGCCGGUGGGCGGGGCAGCCCGAUUUGCCACCGCCAUCAAGAGCUAUGCACAUCUCAAUCCGCUGGUCCUCUUCAGCGGAGACGCCUUCUCGCCCAGCAUGUUGAGCACCUUCACCCAGGGAGAACAGAUGGUUCCAGUGCUCAAUUCGGUGGGAACACACUGCGCCGUCUUUGGCAACCAUGAUUUUGAUCACGGCCUGGAUGUGCUGGUGAAACUGAUCAAACAGACGGAAUUCCCCUGGCUCAUGUCCAAUGUGGUGGACAACGAGACCGGCCGUCCCUUGGGCGGGGGCAAGAUCUCCCACUUCAUCUUGCACAACCAGAUCUCCAUUGGCCUGAUUGGGCUGGUGGAGCGCGAGUGGCUGGAGACGCUGCCCACCAUAGACCCCAACGAAGUGACAUUCAUCGACUACGUGGAGGCGGGCAAUCGUCUGGCCCGUGAGCUGCGCAACGAGGGAUGCGACCUGAUCAUUGCCCUGACCCACAUGCGCACCCCCAACGACAUCAAUCUCGCAGAGAAGUGCAACGGCAUCGACAUCAUCCUGGGCGGACACGACCACGUCCGGGAGGUGACGGAGAUUAACGGCAAAAUGAUCGUCAAGUCCGGAACGGACUUCCAGCAGUUCUCGGUCAUCACCAUCGAGCGGGAUCCCGCCAAUCGGGAGCACUUUACCACGGAUGUAAAGUGUGUGGACGUGACAGCCAAAAUACCGGAGGACCCGGAGCUCAAGGAGGAGCUCUCCAAGUACUCAAAGUUCAUUGAGAGCAAGCUGUCGGAUGUGAUGGGGGUGUUCAGCGUGGAGCUGGACGGACGCUUCUCCCGGGUGCGCACCCAGGAGACGAAUCUCGGCAAUUGGGUGUGCGACGUGGUCCUGGCUGCGGUUGGCGCCGAUGUGGUCAUACUCAAUGGCGGCACCUUCCGCUCGGACCGCAUCCAUCCAGUAGGAGCCUUCACCAUGGGGGACCUGGUCAAUGUCAUACCCAUGAGGGAUCCCCUGAUCCUGCUCGAGGUCAGCGGCCGUGUCUUGUGGCAGGCCCUGGAGAACGGCGUAUCGGCCCAUCCCAAGUUGGAAGGACGCUUUCCCCAAGUGGCUGGCAUCAGCUUCGCUUUCAAUCCACUGGCAGAGCCCGGCAAGCGCAUCGAUCCCCAGCUGAUUCAGGUGGGCGAUGAGUACCUCAACUUGGAGCAGACCUAUAAGCUGUGCGUGAAGAGCUACAUCUUCAUGGGCUGCGAUGGCUAUACCAUGUUCAAAGGCGUCAAUGUUCUCAUGGAUGACGAUGCCUGUCCAGAGCUGGGAAUAACACUGCAGAAUCACUUCAAGGCCAUCAAUUCGCGCAAGUGCGGCCAGAACACCAAGCACCGACAGUCGCUGGUGACGCUCUCGCGGAGGCAUAGCCUGGUCCAGUGCCUGGACAGCAUGGACCUGGACGGCCCAUCGCCCAUCCGCAAGCUGUCUGUGGGCCACCACAACAAGUCGAUGGAUCUGUCGCAUGGCAACUCGCAGAAGAUGCUGCGUCGUGCCUCCCUCGAUGAUCUGGAGCAGUCCUCGUGCGAGCUGGCGCCGCAGCUGGAGCAUCGCAUCGUGAUGAUUCAAAACGAAGAGCAUCAUCGGCAGCUUCUGUACAAAAAGGAGACGCAGAUUAUGAACUCAACGAUAACCGAGGCUGAGGACGAUUACAAGUCUAGACAAUUUGAUUUUAAGCCAGGGUCCGGGGUGGAGAGACAUAUUUGAUAAGGAUAAGCACAGACAGACAAAGUAUUUAGCUAGUUAGUUAGUUUUGCAGGCCAGACCAAACCAGACCCGACCAGACCCGACCAGACCCCUGGGAUCUAUCACCUAUUGCUGUCCAUGUAUUGCUGUUCAUUGUUACUGAUCUUCGUUUUGGCUAAGUUUCGUUGUAAACGUUUUUAAGGCUCCUCCAAAACUAGAUAUUGAUAUUAUGUAUCUGUAGUCCUUAUGUGUACCUAAAGAUUACCAAUAGUUAAACUUAAUUUUAAUUAGAUAAACUGAUUGAUUCACAGCUGA